UAAUAAAUAAUAAAGGAGUUAUUAUUAUAUAUAAGAUUUGAAGAAAACUUCAAAAGAAAAUAGCGGAACAAUGGCGGGUCUUAAGGUGUUCCAAAGCUUGAGAACUCUAACAUUCCCUUCAUUAUCUCAUUUCUUUCUUUCUUCAUUCAUCCAAAUAUGCUCUCUGAUCCCUCACCAUCCAUCAGAAUGCCCUCAACAAGAACUGGUUCAUUCAGACACAGUUUCCUUGAAAAAUCCAAAGAGAGACUCCUCGCUAAAAAAGAAUACCCUGAUUUCGCGUUCAACGAUCCCCUCGAUGAAGAUGAAGAUGCCGCCCCCAAAAACUGUUUCAAUCUCGACGCGCUCUCUGAUCGCGUCUCCAACAUUCGCAAUGCUACAACAGACUUCAUCGCUAAAUUAUAUGAGAUGGGUCGUUCGGAUCGACGCAAAGUGGUCUUUGCUAUGAAAGCUGGUUUAUCUUUGGCUCUUGUUUCUCUUUUUAUAUAUAUUAAGGAAGAACAACUCAGCAAGUACUCUAUUUGGGCUAUUCUCACUGUUGUUGUUGUUUUCGAAUUCAGCAUAGGUGCAACACUUAACAAAGGGUUCAAUCGUGCUUUGGGAACAAUUUCAGCUGGAGUGCUUGCUCUUGGGAUUGCACGACUAUCCGUUUUGGUUGGUGGAGCUUUUGAGGAGCUUCUUAUUGUUGUAGCUAUUUUUAUUGCAGGGUUCUGUGCAAGUUUUGUGAAGCUGUAUCCUGCAAUGAAGCCUUAUGAAUAUGGAUUUCGUGUAUUCUUGUUAACGUUUUGUAUUGUGUUGGUGUCUGGGAGACAUGGAAUGCAGUUUUUCACCACUGCUUUUUACAGAUUGGUACUUAUUGGUGUUGGUGCUGGUGUGAGUUUGUCUGUGAAUAUUUGCAUUUACCCCAUUUGGUCUGGAGAGGAUCUCCACAAAUUGGUGGUAAAAAAUUUCCAUGGAGUUGCUGGAUCUUUAGAAGGUUGUGUAAAUGGAUACCUACAAUGUGUUGAAUAUGAGAGGGUCCCAUCUAAAAUUCUUGUUUAUCAAGCCUCUGAUGACCCUCUGUACCGUGGCUAUAGAACAGCAGUGCAAUCGUCAACCCAAGAGGAAACUUUGGUAGAUUUUGCAUUAUGGGAGCCACCUCAUGGUCCAUACAAGAUGUUCAAUUAUCCUUGGAGAAGCUAUGUCAAAGUUAGUGGAGCAUUGAGACAUUGUGCUUUCAUGGUCAUGGCAAUGCAUGGAUGCAUACUUUCAGAAAUACAGGCACCUCCAGAAAAAAGGUUGGUAUUCUCUGAACAACUUCAGAAGGUUGGUGCUGAAGGAGCUAAAGUAUUACGUCAACUAGGAAGCAAAGUGGAAAAAAUGGAGAAGCUAAGCACAAGAGACAUUCUAUUAGAAGUUCAUGAGGCAGCUGAGCUAUUGCAGAUGAAGAUUGACAGUCAUUCUUUCCUUUUAGUCAAUUCAGAGAAUUGGGAAGCUGUAAGACGACAACAAGCUAAAGAAAAUGGACAACCCGACAUCGAGGUUAAAGACAACGAGAACAAACUGUCCACAAUCAAUGAACCCGUGGAUGAAUCAAAACUUAAUAUAAGCAUACAACAAUCGAUGGCAGAAUCGAGUUUUGCACAAUCCAUGAACAAAGGCUUAGUAUCAUGGCCUCACCUCUCUUUUUGCACCGAUGCAAUAGUAAAUGAGCCGGAAUCUAAAGUAUAUGAGAGUGCUAGCUCAUUGUCUUUGGCUACAUUUGCGUCGCUUUUAAUCGAGUUUGUUGCUAGACUUCAAAAUCUUGUGGAUGAAUUCCAAGAUCUUAGUGAGAAGGCUAAUUUUAAAGAUCCCUUUGAUCAACCUAUGCUGAAGUAGUAGGGGUUAGUCACACUUUGGACAUGAUUUUAAAGACAUUAAACAUGACAAUGGAUAUAUUUUGUUUCAUUUAUCAAAAAAAUUGAAAUAGUAAAUACAUUAUUUUCUUUGGAUUA